UCUUCAAUCGAUUAAGUUUGUGACCCACAGGCAACACACAUUAAAUUUCGCAGAUUUGCGGAUAAGAAUUGCAAUUGUGAACCAAAAGUCAAGUUAUAACUUUCAAAAUGCUUGCUUCCAGAUCUGCGAUUUCUCGUUUAAUGCAAACGACAGUGCGCCGUUACCACGCUGGUGAGGGCUUUAAGACGCCCAGCAUGGACGAGCUGCCCGUGCCCCAGGGUUCCUGGCAGGCGCGCCACGACGCCAACCAGCGCCGUUACAACACCAUCCUGCUGGCAGGCAUUGGUUUCCUUGCUGGCUCCAUUGCGAUUGCCAAGGGAUCUGGGCUUCUGUACCUCAACUACGCUCCCCCCAAGUCUAUCGACUAAAAUAUGUAAAUAAUAAUGUGUAAUGUGAUUGUAUUGGUUAGUUAAAUUAAAUAAAAUAUAAAACUAAA